AUGGACCGGCAACCCCAGGAUUAUGCGGCCGCGGCCAUUGCGUACGCGCAGGGGCAGCAGCCACCUCCGCCGCAGUACGGCGGGUACCACCCGCAGGCGCCGCCGCCUCAGUACCCGCCUCACCCUUACGGCGCGCCGCUCCCGCAGUACCCGCCCGGGCCCUACGCGCGCCCCAUGCCGCCGGCCUACUCACACCUGCCGCCGCACCAGCAGCCGCCUCCCCCCUACGCGGCGCACCCGCCACCGCCGCACGUCUUGUCCACGCCCUCCCCGCCGCCGCACCACCCUUACAUGCACCCGCCGCCGUUCGAAUCCGCCCCGCCGCCUCCGGCCGCGCCCCCCGCCGAUCCGGAGCUCCAGAAGCGCAUCGACAAGCUCGUCGAGUACAUCGCCAAGAACGGGCCGGAUUUCGAGGCCAUGAUCCGCGACAAGCAGCACGACAACCCGGACUACGCCUUCGUCUUCGGCGGGGAAGGUCACGCCUACUACAGGUACAUGCUCUGGCUCUUGCCGCGCCCGCCGGUGCCGGCACCCUACCCGCCGGGCUCGAUGCAUAUGAUGCCCCCUAUGGCCCCUAUGAUGAGGGGGCCGCCGAUUCACCAGCCGGGGUACCCUCCAUUCUAUGACCAGCACCAGCAGUUUGCUGCUGCUCACGGCCAUGGGGACUAUGAAGCUGCGGCGCAACCGUUCAAGGGACUGUCCGGGCCGCUCCCAGCAGAUGUUGCUGCUGAGCUGCAAGAUGUGCUUAAUAAUCUUAAUGGCACUAAGGAAUCAAUAAAGGGAGCAAAGUCAUGGUUUAUGCAAAGAUUGCCAUUUGCGCCGGCUCUGGCUGAAGCUCUUAAGGAGAGAGUAUUUGUGUUGGAGGAUUCGGAGCGGCAGCUGCACAUAAUUUUCCUGGUGAACGAUAUUCUUUUUGAAAGCUUACAAAGACGAACUAAUAUUCGGGACCUUGACAAUGAAGCUAUUGCUUUUAAAUCCGUACUGGGUUCCAUGCUUGCAAGGGUUUACAAUAAUUCACAAAGUAAAGAUGACAACCAGACUCGCGUUGAGAAAAUCCUGCAGUUUUGGGGUUCCAAGGAAGUUUACGACCAGGAAACAAUCUCUAAUUUUGAAAGAGAGAUGAAAGGCGGCUUGCCUUAUCCUUUGGUGCCACAACAUGUUUCACCAGAUCCCUCAACCUUUUCAGGAUCAGCGCCACUGCGCUCAAAAUGGUCCUCGGAACCUCCAGAGAAGGAUAAGGCAAUUCAUCCUGAUUCUGGUGCAACCCAAUCUGUUCCCUCUGCACAGUUUCCUGCAAACCAACUUCCAGCUGGUGUUUAUCCUCCUGUAGGACAAACUACUUUUGCAGCAUCUUUGCCAGUGCAACCAUCGUUAAUUCCCUCUGUGGCUCCUCAAAGCACUGCUGCUACAAAUGAUUCGAAUCCACCUCCUUAUCCACUCUUCCCCCCUGGCCUCAUUCCUGGAAUGGUUCGGAAGAUGCAAAUAGGUAGUGGAGUGCCGUACUCUUCCUUAAGCCCGCUUGACAUCCCCACAACCAUCCCUCCAUCAACCGUCCCAGAGUCUGAGAUCCUUGAGCGUGUAUCAAAGUUCUUCAGUGAUAUUGGGGAGGUAAACCCAUCAGAAGGUCCAAUGAGACAAAGCGAGCCCGACGACUGUGAUGACUAUGAGAGGGAACUUCCUGCGCGAAAGGGAGGCGCUUGCAUCCCUCCCCCACCGAAUCUGCUUGUAACAAACCCAGAGACAGGGAUGCGUGCUGAUGGUAGCGUUGACAGUAAACCAGGGUCCAGCGGUCGGCUGGGUCUCGGAGCUUCUGCCGAUCCGAAUGAGGUGGGACAGUAUGAUGAUGUAUAUUCUUCUUAUCGUAAGCAAAGGAGCACAACGUAUCAUUAUUCCAUCACUGCUCGGUCAUCGACGUCAAAGUGA